AUGGACGACUCAUAUGAUCAACAAGGAUGGACUAGAAGAGACAUUGUUAUCCGCGACAAGAUAUUCAGCACCGCCGAAGAGGGUUUUAAGCGUCAUGGAGGUGUGCGAAUGGAUACUCCUUAUAUCGCGUCGCGAGAGAUCUUCCGCCACCAUUAUUCUAGGGCUUUAUCUCUCUUGUGUGUGCGCGGCCGUCUUUUAGAGUCUAUAGAACACUGGCUUGUAAAGAACCCGGAGGUUAAAUCUACAAAGCGCUACAUGAUCAUUAGGGACUGUAUUCAGCGGAUUCCUUACUCUGAUUCGGACGAUAUCGAUCCCUCCGAAGGCCCCGAGGAUCCUGUAUGCGACUUCAGUAUUGUUGGUGUACACGACGAUAUUCUUCCCGACGCAGAAAUCUUAGGGACCUUAGCAGAAAUCUUGAGCAAAUUAGACAUAAACGAUUAUAAGAUAAGGAUUAACCAUCGGAAGAUUGCCGACGGAAUAUUCGAGAGUUGUGGGGUGUCCGAGGAUGCGUCUGCAUCGGUUGCAGUUCGGUUUGCCAUUUCACUGUUGCGGCUGAAGAAGGUAUCUUCAACCUCCGAUUUUGAUGAGUUCCAAUCGGAUGAUGAUUUCCGGAUAGAACUGGAAAGACUACUUGAACCACCGGAGACUGCUCGGGGGAGGCAUCUUCAGUAUGAUUUGUUACUUGAGGAGGAUUUGACUGCAAAUGAGACCUUCUCAAGUGGGCUUCGUGAAAUGGGACUCCUUUUUGAUUAUCUUGAGAUAUUUGGUGUAAUGGAUAGGAUUGAAUUUGAUCUUUCUUAUACCCCACUCAUAGGGAGUGGAAUAGUAUUCAUGGUUGUAGCACCAAUGCCAUCUUUAGAAUCGUCACCGUCUCAAAUAACUGAACUCACCGGAGAUUUCGAAGGUAUUGUCUGUCUAGCGACCGGUAGUCGAAAUAAUUCUAGAAGGGAAAAAGAAAUCCAAGUCGUUUCCUUCUCGCUUGAUGUGAAUAAAACUUUUGAUAUCAUCAAAGGGAAACUAUCGAUAUCACCCCAGAAGGAGAUUAGGGAGAGCGAAACCGAGGUGUAUGUUAUGUCUUUCGGAGACGGGCUACUAAGAGAGCGUAUUCAAGUUUGCAAAAAACUUUGGAACGCAGGUGUUAAGGCUGAAUUUUCAUAUCAAAAAAAGCCAGAGCUCUCGUACCAAAUGACAACCGCAAGAGAAAGCGGGAUUCCCUUUGCAGUAAUACUCAGCGAACAGCUCCUGCAACAGCAAAAAGUAAAAAUCCUGGAUUUGAGUCUCCGUGAGGGCCAUACAGAGAAAACGGGGGUAGAUGUAAAUCUUCUGGACCUUGCAAGAGAAAUCAAACAGAGACUUGAAGGGAAGGAAGAUGAGAAAGACGAUGAUGGAGAGGAAGACACGGAUAGUGAAUCUACUGAAGAGAUCGACAGCGGUGCUGCUAGUGGUGGGGAGAGGUUUCACGAAAACGUGAAGAAGGUUAAACUAGAGGGUGGGACCGUAGAUAUGGAGGGUAUUGAGAUCGAGAUGGAUUUUGCGAAGAUUACGUCAAAGGGCGCUCAGAUUGAGGUCCAGGGGGCAAAGAUCAAGAUGAAAAAUGCGAAGAUCGAAUUGAGGGGGCGCAAGGAGUAG